AUGUAUGCCCCGACAUCGAGUACGCCAGCCCCUGAUCACGGGUAUAUCGGUCUACUCUCGCGUACCCUUCAAGAACAGUGGGUACAACGGUUCGAUAGACACGGCUACGUCGAUGAAGCAGGAUUCGAGGAAAGUGACUUGCGCUCAGUGAUUAUAAAAGACCACAGUUACCUGUCUUCCACUGGCCGCCUUAUCAAGUAUGAAAUUCUUGUUGUCACUAGCACGGCUUAUAGGUGUCCAGUGUUUCUGGCCGUUUCAGGUCCAGAAGAAGCCGAUAAAGAUGAUUUGAUGGGUCUUAUACGUGAUCUAUUCAGGCGUGGUGAGUAUUGCCCCGGUGCUGGUUGGCCAAAGUUCGGGGCUGUGCUUCGUGGACACAAUAUUACCGUGCUGCAGUAUGAACAGGAUGAUACUUUGAGUAUCUUCGGCGAAAACCGACGAGAACGCAAUAUUUUACAUGGCAUUGGUGCUAUCUUGGGUGAUCUUGUCCCAUAUCUUCCGAUCGCUGAUAGAACCCUGGAUAAUCCGUAUCUAAGGAGGCGCUAA